CAUAGGCAGUGUGGUAGAGAGAGUGUGUUUCUCUUUGAGGGACAUUAAUGUGUGUAGAAGAAUCAGUGGUGAUGGAGCGUUUGUAUCUUCUGCUUGUGGUGUUUCACUUCACUGCAGGCUGCUCUCUCUCGGGUGAUCAGAAGAAAAAGGAACACAGAGGAUACACUGGUGGCUCAGUACUGCUGCCCUGUUCCUGCACUGACCUGCAGACCAAACCAAACGCUGUUAAAUGGGGGUUUAGAUCAGUAAAAUCUGAAGCCUCUCUCUAUAAUGAAAUAUACCCUGCACAGACUGGACAGCACAGAGACAGAGUCAAACUGAGCAACAAGAACUCAGGAAACCUCUCUCUGCUCAUAUCAGACCUGAGUGAAGAGGAUCAGGGAGACUACAGGUGUUCAGUGGGGAGUGAUUUUAAAUUGAUCAAUCUUCUUGUUGAAGUAUUUACCUCUACAGUGAGAGAAACUCCAACAGACCCAAAAAAAACUCCAACGUCUCUACCAGAACCACCCACCACAGACCAACAGACAGACAAACUAUAUCUAGGUCUUGGCAUCCUCACGCUUUUGCUAUUUCUGUUAUUUGGAACAGUGACGAUCAUCUGCUGGAGACUCAGGGGAAGGAGAAGUGGACAGAAGGUGACCACAGACGGACAUUUGGGCCUUAACAGAAAGCAGGAGAAUCAGACAGUUUCUGAUGAUGUGAUGUACUCAACUAUAGCCCACAGUAACACAGCCACACCAGCACGUGUUCAGAUCGGCAUCGGAGAGCAAACUGAAUACGCCAGCAUCAAAACAAACUAAACCAAAUAAAUAUACAGAUGUGCACUCAGAGCCUGUUACAGAGUAAUGCACAACUGUCCUGUUUUCACAUUUUCUUGUUUGAUGGUUAUGUUUAAAGAAAUGCUUUAAUUACCAAUUUACGAUUUUAACACUUUUUAUUGUUUAUAUAGUU